AUGUCUCACCGUUACUUUUUCUUGUGUAGCCUCCUCGCCUCCUCAUUGUCCUUGCAUGGGAUCUCCGCCGCCGUGGACUACCAAGCAACUAACUACGACCCCAACACUCCCGGCGGCAUCCGUUUCACCAAUGAAAUCGGAGUUCCCUACACAAAGCAAAUAAUGGGUACCAUCAACGACUUCAUAUGGACAACCGUUUUCCAACAAAACAACCCCUCUGACAGAAAGCCUGUAGAUUCCGUCAACCUUUACAUUACAGAGAUUGAAGGAUACGAAGGAAUCACAUGGGGAAAUAACAAUAUUAAUCUUAGUUCUAGUUUUUUAGAAGGGUAUCAAGGGGACGUGAUAUGGGGAUUCACAUCUCUUUUAUAUCAUGAAAUGACCCACGUGUUUCAAUGGAAUGGCGAGGGUCAGACCCCCGAAGGAUUGGUGGAAGGGGUUGCGGAUUAUACGAAAUUAAGAGCGAAUUAUGUCUCAUCGGAUUUUGCAAAACCAGGUGAUGGUGAUAAAUGGGACCAGGGGUAUGAUUUCACAGCCCGGUUUCUUGAGUAUUGUGAUGGGAUUGUACCAGACUUCGUGGCAAAGCUUAAUGCAAUGAUGAAGUUUGCUUUCGAUGUCAAGUAUUUUGAAGACUUGACAGGAAAGCCUGUGGAUCAACUAUGGCAGGAGUACAAGGCUAAAUAUGGGCAUUGA